AUGUUCAAGGAUGAUGAUGAUGAUGACGAGGCCACCUUGAGCGCCACGAGGUACCCUGUCAUGCCUUCCCUGGUGGCUCUGCAGCAGAUGAGGAACCGUCUCCACCUGGCUUACCUCGGCAAGAAGCUGAUGAAGUGGACAGCUCUAGCUUCCCGCAAAGAAAUGAGGAGACUUUCUGUAAAGAUCAAUGACGCCUUGAUGGAUUACGGUGAGCGGGUAGAAGAAGCCUUCAUUCUCCUGGCCAGAGCAAGAUAUUUUCUGCCUCAGCUCAACGGCGUGGUGCUAGAAAGUAUUCCUCGACAAGCAAGUAUCACAGUCAAAACAGCAGGCAGAAGUGUUUCCGGAGUCAAAGUUAAGAAUUUAAACUUGAUUGAGACCUUUCAAGAUCCCUAUCCGUUUUUGGGUUUGAAUAAAGGCGGUAUGGUGGUAACCAACUGCAAAACGGCUUGGUCAGAGUUGGUGCGACGGAUGGUGUUGGUGCUGCAAUUGAGAACUACUUUUGACCUGGUCGAAGUAGCCCAUAAGAACGCCACCAAGAAAAAGAAUGCAUUAGUGGUAUGUGUCAUACCGAGAAUACGGAAAACGGGAUUGUACAUUAUAAGUGAAUUGGAAGAAAGAGAAAGAGAGGAAAUAUUCAGACUGAAAAGAUUCAAAGAACUCAAAUAUGUACAUAAAGCACCAAACGUAAAAGAUGAAGUGGACAGAAGAAUAUCUUUGUCACCUGAUCUAAUCUUACCAGUAAUUUUCGAAGACUCAAAAAAAGAAUUGGUGAUAGAUGCUAUAUCAUUGAAAUUAAAAAUGGUGCCAAAAACCACAGAAACUGAGAUUGUAGAAACUGCAGAGAAAGAAACAGGUAAAGAUGAUAAAAAAGAGAUAGAAAUUAUAAGUGAAAAACCAAGUUAUAGGUGGAAGAAAAUUACUAUAGAAGAUAAAAUGGUUGCAAUGGAGAACGUAAAGACGGGACUCACUCCUUGCAGUACAGUAGCUGGCUCCAAGAUUACGUUAAGUAAAUAUGAUAAAGAAGCAGGAAAAUCGCAAUCCAGUCUGUGGCAGGCUGAAGCUCAAGCAAAAGAAGGGACGAAAAAUCUAGUAUUACGUAGGGUGCAAAGGCAAGAGACAGUCUCCUGUCAUUAUAAAGAAAGGCUUGAAAAUCUCCAGACAAAUAUAAAUCAACUAAUAGAAAUGGCGGACGAAUUGGAAGGCACAUUAAGCAACGUGGAUAAGUUUAUAGAAAAAUGUGAAAUUGUCAAACGUAAGAUCGAAGCAUUAAGUUGCUCUUGUGUAGAAGAUCAGUCAGAUUUACCAUGUAAACCGACAGACUACUUAAACUUUAACCUACAACCUAGCUCAACGUUUCCACAAUCAGGAAAUGAUAGAUCAAAAGGACUCUCAGCUAGUCGGAAACAAUCACAUGAAUCGAACGUAGAAGACAUAUCGUUACAAACUUCGUCAGCAGCAACCUCGUCAGGAGUAUCAUGUCCGCAUUCAAGUUGUGCCAAUUGCGCAGGAAGACCAUCUGUUGGCGAUAAUCCAUUACUAGCAUCCCUAGAAGUAAGUGAAAGAAUACUAGUAGACAAACCUAUGACACAAUCAGCAACAGGACCAGAAGCACACGCACAAGUUUCGUCUAGCGCGUAUGAGAUAAAACCUGAACUCAAAGGAACUUACUCAUAUUACGAUAAGGAAUACAAAGAAAUAAGUAAAGUUUCAAGGACAAUGAAUUCGGAUGGAAGUAUAAGCGAGGAGAGACAAGUUGUAGCAAUUAAAACUGAAAGACAGAAUCGUCCACGGCCUGGUUUUAAAGAUCGUGGGUCGAAGGACAAUACAUGUACGAAGGCUUGUGCCAGAAGAACUAGUGAAUGUGGAUAUAGUGGUGCGCAGGAAAAUAGUGACAACUUCAAAAACAGCAGCAUUGGUUACAGCAGUCAAGCAGGUCCCAGUUUUGAUAAUAAAUAUGCUGUAGACCCUGGAAUCUGUAGUGGCUGUAGCAAGCGCAUAUCUACUCCAUAUGAUGAAAUAUUACCAUGGCAAGAUGUAUCUGUCCCAGAAACUCCGGUCUGUUGCCCUAAUGAUCUAUUGCCUCCUUCAAACUUGACGAAACCAUGUUCGUGUUUAAAAGAUGCAAAGACAUGGACAAAACAAACGGAUUCUGUUCUAGUAGGUUCAAAUAUAUUACUUCCUUGCGAGUCGAAAGCUGUGUGCAAUUCUGAUUCAGAAGUUGUUCCUAAACGUGUAUCAUUAUCUACGUCUAUGCAAUCAUGCUGGACCGAUCCUGCAGUGAAAAGUAUGUCAAUAGACAAAACGACGGAUUGUGUACCUUGUUGUAAAGGAAAUAACCGAACAAAUAAUAGAAAAGAUACUGCUACUUCUUGGAAGAGCUAUGAAGGAGGCUCGAGCCCAAUUGAGCAUAGAAACCAUUGUAAAUGUUCGAAUUCUCAUCGUUAUGACAACUUCAAAGUUUUAUCAAAACCAGUUGGCGAUCUUGAAAACACGAGCCAUGGCAGUGAAAUAAUCCUUAAAGGCAGCAUACUCAACGCUCUGAGGAGACUUCUCUUGCCUUCGCACAGAGCAAUAGAACCUGGUGAAUCUCCAAAUAUAAGUCCGAAUUCAAGAAGCCGCUGUUCAUGUAUUGGUUGCCAGUCAAAAUUUUCCACAUCGUCCAAAAAAUUCGGACCCAAAACUGUGCUGAAUUCUCUACUGUUUACGUAUGCUACCCAAAUAGCUUAUGAAGAAGGUAAAGAUCUGCCAUCUCUACCGCCGAACCAAUCUAUUUCUGAAGAGUCGUGCAUAUCUUGUGGCACUCUUGGCACACUCUCAGUCAAAUCUGGUAAUCGGCCCGCAGGAUCAUCAGCACAUGAUAGUCAAAAUUCACGAAAAAGUUCUCGCCACAGCGUAUUCUCUGGGUGUAGGGCUGCAUGCUCUUUAUUAGCGAAAAGUAUUAGAGGAAAGUGUACGUCCCCAAAACCGGCUGAAGUGUGUUGUCCUAAAAGUAAGCCUUCUUUGCCGAAGCAAGUUUCUGCACCUAGACCAGCCAAGCCUAAACGGAAAAAUGCUUCUACUUGUACAAGAGCAUCGGAUCGAUAUGAUUGCAGAACUCUGAGGUCAUUAAAGAGGGUUCAUCCUUGUGCAAAGAUCAGAAGACAGGUCUGCACGUGUCAUUCAGACACUCAUUUGCUCAUUCAAGACGAGCCAUAUUGUUUAGUAACUAGAGCUACGUCUUGUAGCGGAGCACACUACUAUUGUUUUCAUUGAAACAGUCAGAAUUUAUGAAACGUUUAUGUAAUUUGUCAUUUCAAACAUUUUCAGUACUUUUCAUGUUGAUGCGUUAGGGAGAUCAAAAGAUUUUAUGAUGAUCACAAUUUUUUAC